GUGAUUGUCCAAACAUCACUAGUGGCACGGUAGACGCCGUAUUUCGAACAUACAAAGGGAGGGAGGGGUAUGUUAAUCCUGCUGACUUAUCCCGCUUGGCUUGUGAGGUCGUGGGUGAGUGGAAGGAAUUGGGGCGAGCCUUAGGACUCAAAGACUGGCAACUGACAAGCAUCGACGAGAACAAUCCAAAAGUUGGUGAGAAAAGUUACCAGAUGCUUAACAAUUGGGCAAAGUGUAAUCCUAGACAAGCAACACUUGAGAACCUGAAAAGGGCGCUCGAAGAUAUGACAGUAGGUAGGGCUGAUCUGGCCGAGAGAUACUGUAAUGUCGACAAUGGAGGAAGAAAUGCAAUCAAAUGA